AUGGGUAUUGGAUCUGGCUGUUUGUUUUGUUCUCCAUCAUUCAGUGGGAUUAGGAUCAAGCCUUUGAGUUCAUACAUUUUUCCCUAUUUCUCCUUCACCUUCAACCCUUACCAACCACACUCACUCUCCUUCCCUAAACUCAUGUCUCAGCCAUUAUCUCUCAACUCUGCUCCUCUUCAAGAGGCCGAGGCUGAUUCUUCCGCAGCGCCUCCCCUCUUCGAUUAUCACCAUAUCGACCAGAAACUGCUCGAUAACAUCGUUUACGAUGCUCUUGUCUGGAGCACUCUCAACUGCCUCCUCGUUGGUGACAAAUCUGUGCAGAGAUCAGCAACAGUUCCUGGUGUGGGCUUGGUGCAUCUUCCGCUUUGCUUACUACCUGGACCGUUUCCUGAAACUCACUGGAAGCAAGCAUGUGAAUUAGCUCCUAUUUUUAAUGAACUUGUGGAUCGGGUGAGUUUGGAUGGGAAAUUUCUCCAGGAAUCUCUAUCCAGAACUAAGAGUGCGGAUGAAUUUACCUCAAGACUAUUAGAUAUCCAUUCCAAGAUGCUACAGAUUAACAAAAAAGAGGAUAUUCGCUUGGCAAUAAGUCGUUCAGAUUAUAUGGUUGAUGAGAAGACUAAAUCACUUCUGCAAAUAGAGAUGAACACGAUUUCAACUUCAUUUGCUUUGAUUGGAUGUCUUAUGACUGGACUUCAUAAGAGCUUAAUUUCUCAAUAUGGAAAUAUCCUUGGACUGGAUUCCAAUAGGGUUCCUGCAAAUAAUGCUGUCGAUCAAUCUGCAGAUGCUUUGGCUAAAGGUUGGAGUGAGUAUAACAAUCCCAGGGGUGCAAUUUUGGUCGUGGUUCAAGUUGAAGAACGAAACAUGUAUGAGCAGCAUUAUAUUUCUGCCCUUCUAAGAGAUAAAUAUCCUUUUCUUCUUUAUGAUACGCAUCGUAUUAAAAGCAUACGGAAAACAUUGGCACAAGUUGAUAAGGAAGGAGAAAUUCUGCCAGAUGGAACACUUUCUGUGGACGGACACCCAAUUUCUGUUGUUUACUUCCGGGCUGGCUACACACCAAAAGACUAUCCUUCAGAAUCAGAGUGGAGAGCUAGGUUACUGAUGGAACAAUCUUCUGCUAUCAAAUGCCCUUCAAUAUCUUAUCAUUUGGUUGGCACCAAGAAGAUUCAACAGGAACUUGCAAAACCUGGUGUUCUUGAGAGGUUCGUCGAAAACAAAGACCACGUUGCCAAAUUGCGUGCAUGUUUUGCAGGUUUGUGGAGUUUGGAAGACUCGGAUAUUGUUAAAAAAGCAAUUGAAAGUCCGGAGUUAUUUGUGAUGAAGCCUCAAAGAGAAGGAGGAGGAAACAACAUUUAUGGUGAUGAUUUGAGGAAAACCCUCCUUAAAUUACAGGAAGCUGGUUCUCAAGAAGAUGCAGCUUACAUUCUCAUGCAGAGGAUAUUUCCAGCUCCUUUUCCAGCAAUUAUGGUGCGUGAUGGUAAUUGGAGUACGGGUCAUGUCAUUGCAGAAGCUGGAAUAUUUGGUACUUAUUUGAGGAAUAAGGAUAAAAUCAUCAUUAAUAACGAAAGUGGCUACAUGGUGCGUACAAAAGUAUCAUCAUCUAAUGAAGGUGGAGUUUUACCUGGUUUUGGAGUGGUAGAUACUGUGUACCUAACUUGA